CGGCGGCUGCAGCCCACCUCCUUUCAGCCAUGCCGCUUGUAUUCCGCUCCCUGUUGUUCGGCUUUCUGACGCUGCUGGUUGUGCUUUUGAUCGUUGAUGAUGUUGCAGAAGUGGAAAAAGAAAGCGCAAAUAUUGGGCUCUCAAAGAAGACCAACGUACACCAGCUCGUCCCUCCUCACAGAAAGGCUGCAGCAGACGCAGAUCCCACUGUUACAACAAAUAUCCCCAACGACGUGAAUCGCCACGCGCCAAGCUGCAACGGCACCGCCGCAAAACCCUCGUCCAGCAGCUGGACCUUCAACAAGACCCUCUCCAACCUCAUCAGGAAGAACGUUCUCCGAUUCCUUGACCCAGAGAGAGACAUCUCGAUCCUGAAGGGCACGCUGAAGCCGGGAGACAUCGUCCACUAUGUGUUCGAUCGCCAGAGCACCACAAACAUCUCAGAGGAUCUCUAUCGUCUGCUGCCCACCGCGUCGCCCAUGAAAAACCAGUACCACAGGCGCUGCGCCAUCGUGGGGAACUCUGGGAUCCUGCUGAACAGCAGCUGCGGACCAGAAAUCGACUCGCAUGACUUUGUAAUCAGGUGUAACCUGGCCCCAGUGGAAGAGUAUUCCCAGGAUGUGGGCCGGCGGACCAACCUGGUGACCAUGAACCCCUCCGUGGUGCAGCGGGCCUUCCAGGACCUGGUCAGCGACGAGUGGAAGGAGCGCUUCCUGCAGCGCCUCCGCAACCUCAGCGGCAGCGUGCUGUGGAUCCCGGCCUUCAUGGCGAAGGGAGGCGAGGAGCGGGUGGAGUGGGCCCUGCGCCUCAUCCGGGUGCACACGGUGGACGUGCGCACCGCCUUCCCGUCGCUGCGCCUUCUCCACGCCGUCAGAGGGUACUGGCUCACUAACAACGUCCACAUCAAGCGUCCCACCACCGGCCUCCUCAUGUACACGAUGGCCACUCGUUUCUGCGAGGAGAUCCACCUCUACGGCUUCUGGCCGUUUCCCCUGGGCCCGCACGGCAGGCCGGUUAAAUACCACUACUACGACACUCUGAAGUACCAGUACACGUCCAGCUCGAGCCCUCACACCAUGCCCCUGGAGUUCCGGACCUUGAGCACUUUGCACAGACAGGGGGCGCUGCGGCUCCACACGGGAUACUGCGAUCUGGACCGAGGGCCGCAGAGAGAUCUCAGCUGAAGCCUGGCGGUCUGGGCAGAGUCAGCACAAAACGCUGCUCUUUUUACUGCUUUAUCUGCUAAAACUUGAAGGACGAAUUGAAUGGAACCACCGUCAAUCACAGCCUUUUGUAUUGGCUCAUUAUACGUAUUUUGAGAUUACGUAUGAGAUUUCUAUGGCAACCGAUAUCUCUCGGGGGGGUGGGGGGUUCAUUUGUGAGCUUCCACAAAGGCAGCAGAUGGUUUGUGUUCUAUACCUGGGGCUACAGGUUUGGAAAACAAACCAGCAGGGGUUAUUUUUCCCCGCUGUUUCGGAGAAAAAUGGGCCGUAAUUCCAUUUUAGAGUCAACUGUUUGGAUUACGGCGCAGCGGGAAUCUGUACACGAGGGAAAGGAUGUUCACUUGUAACCCCGCUCUGCUGAAUUUACGCAAUGCUGUUUGUGAAGUAAGCAAUUUUAAGAAACAGUAAAAAAAAAAUGAGAACAAGGACAUGAUAAAGGGAUUCCGAUUAGCAGUUUAUUAUGUAUGAGGGGUCCAUU